AGGUUUGUCAAGAGCGGUCAGAGGACAUGUCGCGGUUAAGGCCAUUCGUUGAAUUUCGUUCUGCCAUGUCGGCCAACUAUCUAUCAAGCUAUCUAUACCAAACUGGUUUCGCCGAGGAUGACCCGCUGCUUCCCCACUCACACUCCCACCUCAGUGCGGUCUUAUAAGCGUGCAUAGCCAGGUGAGCUUCGUUUCCCGCCCUGUUUCCCCCAGAACUCACAAGAACAUCAUGUCUCGCUCCUUCCUCGACGCGUCCAUUCCAGUGCUUCUCAGUAACCUCUCCACCGAUGAAAAGAUUUCAUUGCUUGGAGCUCCCAAUUGGUGGAAUACCACACCCGUCGAAAGGCUUGAAAUAACGUCCAUUCGCAUGAGUGAUGGUCCGAACGGCGUACGAGGAUCAUCCCAUUUUGUGUCGACCCCAGCACAAUGCCUCCCGUGUGCUACUUCUUUGGCAUCAACCUUCGAUGUCGACCUAAUUCAACAAGCGGGGUCCUUCCUCGCCGAGGAAGCGAAGAUCAAAUCCUCCGUCGUAUUACUCGCACCGACUUGUAAUAUUCAACGUAACCCACUUGGAGGUCGUGCAUUCGAGUCAUUCUCUGAAGAUCCUCACCUCUCCGGUAAAACAUUCGGUACACUUGCAGCGGCCUACGUCAACGGUCUGCAAUCCAAGAAUGUAGCUGCGACCAUCAAGCACUUUGUCGGUAACGACCAAGAACACGAACGUACGGCAGCCGAUUCGGUAGUGUCUGACCGUGCCCUCCGCGAGAUAUAUCUAUACCCAUUUAUGCUGGCUCAGAAGCUGGCAAAGCCUUGGGCUUUUAUGACUUCGUACGGUCGUAUUGGCGGUGUGCAUGUUGCCGAAAACCCUGUCUUCUUACAAGACAUCCUACGUAAAGAGUGGGGGUUUGACGGUAUUGUCAUGAGCGACUGGUUCGGUACAUACAGUGUUGAUCUCGCCAUCAAUGCGGGCAUGGACCUCGAAAUGCCUGGACCUCCUCGUUGGCGUACACCUCUUCUAGUAAACCACAUGCUCUCCAGCCAAAAGGUUCUUCUCUCCACCAUUGACGAACGCGUCACCACCCUCCUCACUUUCAUUCAACGUCAAGCCCGUAGAAAUCCUGAGGUUGUGUAUGGCGAUGGCAAAGAACGUACUAGAGAUACACCAGAAAUCAGGGCGUUUGCCAGGAAACUUGCUGCGGAGGGUAUGGUGCUGUUGAAGAACGACAACGGAUUUCUUCCAUUAAAGGCGAACGAGGGGGAAGAUGUGGAGGCUCCCCUGUCUGCUGCAUGGAUAUCAAAGAGAGGACAUGCCACAGUACUUCUGCCAUUGACCCCUACACCGAGUGGGCAAUCGCGGAGGAUUGCAAUUAUUGGACCAAAUGCGAAGGCUGGGGUGAUUUCUGGUGGCGGAUCGGCCGCGUUGAAGGCCAGUUACAUUGUUACGCCAUACGACGGCAUCGUGGCCAAUGCUCCGAAGGAAUUCAGUUUCGACUACGAAGUGGGUUGUUAUGCACACAAAUUCCUCCCAACUCUGGAAAAUUACCUAACAACACCCACAGGAGAACCUGGCUGGCUCUGCGAAUUCUACAACCAUGACUCUAGCGGUCAACCUACCGGUUCCUCUAUCGCCUCAUUCGUUCUUCAUGACACCCGAAUCAAACUGAACGAUUUCCUCCCUCCGGGAUUGACUGAAACGUGGACAAUCAAACUCAAUGGGGAGUUGCGAGUAGAGAAGAGUGCUGAGUAUGAGUUGGGUUUGACCGUUGCUGGACGGGCGAAGUUGUGGGUUAAUGGGAAGAUGACGAUUGAUAAUUGGACGAAACAGAGACCCGGAGAGUUUUUCUACGGACAAGGAACAGUGGAGGAGAAGGCAACCGUGACGCUAGAGUCCGAUAAGCCUGCUCAUAUAUACGUGGAAUACACUAACACGAAACCUCCCGCGGGCCCUGAGUCGGAUCUUUCUCAACCGGCAUUGAUGCGUGGAGUGCGUCUUGGAGGAUGCGAGAAGAUCGAUCCUGACAAAGCGCUCGAAGAUGCUGUAGAUCUCGCUGCUUCAUCUGACUCAGUGAUCAUCGUGGCUGGCUUGACUCCAGAGUGGGAAAGUGAAGGCUUCGAUCGGCUGACGUUGGAUAUGCCCGGACGACAGAAUGAGUUGAUUUCCAGAGUUGGGAAGGCGAAUCCCAACGCCGUGGUUUGUUUGCAAGCAGGUUCUGCCGUCUCUAUGCCUUGGGUUAACGACGUCUCUGCUAUUAUUCAAGCGUGGUACUCGGGCAACGAAGCCGGAAAUGCACUAGCUGAUGUGCUCUUCGGAAAGGUGAAUCCUAGUGGCAAGCUCCCGUUGACGCUUCCUGUACGCGAAGAAGACGCGCCGGCGUAUUUGAGUACUCGAAGUGAGAAUGGGAAGAUUCAUUAUAGGGAAGACUUGUUCGUUGGGUAUAAGUGGUAUCAGGCAAGGGAUAUCAAGCCAUUGUUCGCAUUUGGCCAUGGGUUGUCGUAUACCACCUUCUCUUUCUCCGACCUCUCGGUUUCGGAACCCUCAUCUUAUGACGCCAACCUUACUGUCAGCGUAUCGCUAGCCGUCAAUAAUACAGGCCUUGUCGAAGGCUCUGAAGUCGUUCAAGUUUACGUUAGUCUCCCAGACAUUGGCCUUAUAACGCCCAGACUACAAUUACGUGGGUUUGCCAAAGUCAAAGGCCUCCAGCCGGGUCUUUCGCAAACGGUUACUAUAACUCUCCACAAGUACGCGGUGUCAUAUUGGGACGAGGUCAAACAUAUGUGGAGAGCCAAAGUUGGGGAGUAUGGCGUUUCCGUUGGACAGAGCAGUGAUAAGAUUUUAUUGAAGGGGUCGUUUGAGUUGAAGGAGGCGUUCGAGUGGAGCGGUCUGUAAAAUUUAUGAUAUGUGCUUUGAACACAUGUAAUUGUACAACAACCUGAAGUGUAGACCCGACGUGCAAUAUACUGUAUCUGUGGACAUGUCUUGAACAGGUCGAACGAUGGCCU